AUGCCAAGACGAAAGUAUUGCGAACAUCCGAUAAAACAUAAAAAAUCUGCAUCUGUACCAAACGGAGUAGUGGCCGUGUCAUUACAGCUAUCGAAAUUUUUGAUUUCUCAAUAUGGUGCGACGAAGGCUCGAAUUUUCUGGCUAUGUCCAAGAUGUCAUGCAUUUGAAUCGAAAAAAACGAUGACUCAUCAGUCAAUGGAAUUCAAUGAUGAUGAAAGUGCAAGUGAUGAUGAGCUCAUAACAGAAGAUUCUCCUGCCAAUCACCGCGCAAAUGAUGGUGAUGAUGUCAAUAUGGAGUUUGAUAAUCUGAACGAAGAAGAGAAAGAGAAUCCUCAUAUGGAUAGUGGUAUAGUAGCUGAGUCGAAUGACGAUGAUGAAUCAUCAUAUGUUGAUGAUGAAACAACUGAUCCUGAAUCGAUGGAUGAAGAAACAGGUCAUACUUUCUAUGAACUCGAACACCAGAAAGGCAAAGCAAUGGAAAAAUUAUCGAAUAUAUUCGAACUAUUGAACAUAGACCCUAUUCAUGACAGAUCAGCAGUAUCACCUAUUCGAGCCAAAGUUAUUGAAGCUUAUAGAAAACUUAAUCAAUUAUGUGACGUAUUGGAUGGAAAAUCUGAAGUUUCACAUGAUCCAAAUCCUCACGGACUAAUGUUAUGGGAAUCAAAUGAACUUUUGGAUGGUUUAAAAAAGUUAUACGCCGAGAGUGAUGCCAAUGAACAAGUUCGCCUUAUGACAAUUGCCCCCAAAGAAUGGGGUCGACAAAAAAUCGAAAAGUGUGAUGGUGCAGCUGCGCAUUUCAAGAAUAAUGCCAGCAUUUUGAACCUGGUUCAUCAUAAAACUGACUUCGAUUUGGACGCUUGUUGGACAUUCACAGCUACCGGUCAUGGGAAGGCCGCUGGAGACGGCAUAGGCGCAGUGCUGAAGUCCACCGGCAGACGUGCUACACUUUCCAAAAACAUUAUCAUGUCAAAUGCAAAAGAUUUCUAUGAGUUCUUACAAAAACAACAAAUCGAAACAGCAAGAAGAUCCAACAAAGAUAUUCCUGGUGUUUAUGUCUUCUUUCUGGAAUCAGACGAAGUAGAAGAAGUUAAGAACAAAUAUCUUAAAGCCAGGAACGAAAAACUUCGAGCAACAGGUACAAUACAAGGGAUCCGAACUAUGCAUGACUUCAAACCGAUUAGCAACUCAAUGGUUCAAUACAGUUUGACGUCUCAAUCAACACAGAUCAAGACUUUUAAAUUCAAAUAA